AUGCCGGCAGGCCUCCUACUAGUGGCGAGGGUCAAAGAAGUAGAGGACAAGGAAGAGGAGGACAAAGAAUUGGAGGACUAUCAAGUAGGGUACAAGGAAGCAGCAGAGGACAAGAAAGUGGUGGACAAGGAAGCAGUGGAGGACAAGGAAGCGGUGGAUGAUGAGGAAACGGCGGAUGACGAGGAAGCGGCGGAGGACGAGGAAGCGGCGGAGGACGAGGAAGCGGCGGAGGACGAGGAAGCGGCGGAGGACGAGGAAGCGGCGGAGGACGAGGAAGCGGCGGAGGACGAGGAAGCGGCGGAGGACGAGGAAGCGGCGGAGGACGAGGAAGCGGCGGAGGACGAGGAAGCGGCGGAGGACGAGGAAGCGGCGGAGGACGAGGAAGCGGCGGAGGACGAGAAAGCGGCGGAGGACGUGGAAGCAGCGGAGGACGAGGAAGAGGCGGAGGACAAGGAAGCGAUGGAGGACAAGGAAGCGGGGAGAGCAAGGAAGCUGUGGAGGACAAGGAAGCAGUGGAGUGCAAGGAACUUGAGGACAAGGAAGCAGUGGAGAGCAAGGAACUCGAGGAAGAGGACGGCGAGGACAAGGAGGGCAAGGACAGGAGGAGGAAGAGGUGGGCGAGGAAGAGGACAUAAGAACUGGGUCAUGGCCACAGUAGCAGAUGUUGCUGCAGCAGCAGGCGGCCUCACUACCCAUACUACUAAUAAUGUGAACUUAGAAUUAAGACUGAACUACACAACUUCAUAG